GUGCCUUAACAGUUAAGGUACAAAAACCUCCACGGAAGAGGAGAGUGAAAUAGUGCUCUGACAGACCCGGCGGGGGUGACAGUAGCCCAGACUGCUGUGCGUUGAUGCUCUCUCCUUGCUGUAUGUGGCCUUUGAACUCAUUGUUGUGUCGCGGGUGACGUCAGUGCCGUGUGCGGGAGACGGAGCGGCGUGCGCCUGGCGAGACAAAGGCGGCGGACCGACCGGGGUCAGGCAGGCAGGAGCAGCAGCAGAAAGCCGAGAAUCAAUGUUUUUUUUUUUUUUUUUUUUAAACUAAAAGGUAACCGCUAACCUUGGACUUCAGUUGAGCUCUCCCUGACGCUGGGAGAAACUAAGAGGCAGUGACACUCCUGUGGAAAUCUCCUGGAGGAGGAAAAACAACAGUGCCCUCUUUUCGGUUUUAAAUGUUUUUUUUUUCUUCUCCUCAAACGCCCCCCUUUCGGUUUGCUAGUUAGCCGAACCGCUAGCUCCUAGCGCUGCACUGCACAGCACAGGUCUCCUCCUUCAGUCUGCUCCACGUCUUUCCCUAAACAACUAGGCUACGAGCGAAGAUAGGACUUCAUCGACAAAAGGUAGAUAAACAGAGGGUGAGCGCACUCCCAACAAAACAGGCAUCCGUGAUCUGAUGUGAGAUCCACGGAGAGACUAUGCCUAGCCCUUUAUUUCACCCCGAGAUUAUGGACCACGACGUGGUGAUCAGCAGCCAACACAACGGGGUUGGUCUGUCCAGGGAAACGGAUCAGGAGUCCCGGGAGGAGGACCACCAAGAGGCGCUUCGCUUCGCCCUGGACCAGCUGUCACUGAUGGCUAUGGAGAAGGUGGACUGUGGGGGCGGCGGAAGCAGCGGGCUUGUGGACAGCCUGGAUGGGACCCAGGUUCCCGGACCCGAGAAUUGCAACGGUGUGAGUGGAGGGGGGUUUGUGGAUCUACAAAUGCUGGACCAUCCCAGCGGGUCUCGGGACUCACCGUCGUCCUGCUCUCCAUCUCCGGAGUACUAUGGCUCAGGGGGGUACCACAUGGCCGGCUCCCACGCCAUGCUCCACGGGGAACCAAACUCCGUCCUCUGCAGCAGGAAAAGAAGUGUCAACAUGACCGAGUGUGUGCCCGUCCCCAGCUCCGAGCAUGUGGCUGAGAUAGUGGGCAGACAAGGUUGUAAGAUCAAGGCCCUGCGUGCCAAAACAAACACCUACAUAAAGACUCCGGUGCGAGGCGAGGAUCCUGUGUUCAUCGUGACGGGACGCAGGGAGGAUGUGGAGAUGGCCAAGCGUGAAAUUGUGUCUGCAGCAGAGCACUUCUCUAUGAUCAGGGCGUCCCGCUGCAAAGCUGGAGGGGGUGGAGGAGGCGGUUCCCUUCCCGGACCACCAAACCUACCUGGACAGACGACUAUACAGGUUAGAGUGCCAUACAGAGUAGUCGGUUUAGUUGUUGGACCAAAAGGGGCAACAAUCAAGCGCAUCCAGCAGCAGACUCACACCUACAUCGUGACACCGAGUCGAGAAAAAGACCCUGUGUUCGAGGUGACUGGGAUGCCAGAGAACGUGGACAGAGCGAGAGAGGAGAUCGAGACUCACAUCACCCUGCGAACUGGAACCUUUGUAGACCUCCAGGGAGACAAUGACUUCCACACUAAUGGCACUGAUGUCAGUCUUGAAGGCCUCGGCUCCCUGAGUGGGGGACUGGGGGCGACUUUGUGGUCCAGGGCAACUAGCCACCAUUCUGCCCCCCCUCCUCCUCCAUCAUCCCCACCUUCUGCUCUUUCCAUGUCCGUGCACCACUCCUCCGGCAGGAAGAUGUCCUCAUCGGUUCCCUAUCACACGCACAAUGGGGGGAUGAGCGCAGACAGCUUCAGCACCACCCGGAAGGCCACCGAGGGAGGCAGUCCCUCUAGCCCUUUUAGCACAGGCUCCAGCAGCGCUGGGGGAUUCACUUUUGGGGGUGACUCCACCCCAGGACUGCCUUCGUCAGACGAGCUGGGCUUCGAGUUCAGUGCUUCCAACAUCUGGGCGCCUUUCGUCAACAGCGGAUCGGGCAAUAAGACGGGCAGCUCCUCCCAGCAGCAGCCUCUGCGUCGCAAUAGCAGCGGCCUCAGCGGCGGGGCCAUCACUCCACGAUUGUCCCCGACUCUGCCUCAGGACACAGGCGUGGUCCCCCUCUGGAUCACCCGCUUGCCCGUCGUGCUCAAAGCGACCCCCUCAGCACUCUCUCUUGGCUGCAGUCUGGCAGCACAGGCGGCGGCUCCUUCUCUGGAGCGUCGAGCUCCAGCUCCGGCGGCUCCUCGACCGGUUACUCCUCCUGCUCGGCCUCCUCCCUCCCCGGCGGAUCGCCUACCGACUCCGAGGGAGGCGGCAGUGGCGUGGGUCUCACCUCUGGGAUGCAGCCGACUGAAAGGCAGCUCUGGCUCUGGGGUUGCGGGUCUGGUUGGGGUCGGCCCCGGGGUCAACAGGGACUGUUUCGUUUGUUUCGAGAGCGAGGUGACGGCAGCCCUGGUGCCCUGCGGCCACAACCUGUUCUGCAUGGAGUGCGCCGGGCAGAUCUGCCAGUCAGCGGAGCCAGAAUGCCCCGUCUGUCACACUCCUACCACACAGUGCAUCCGCAUCUUCUCGUAAUGCCCCGGGCAAAGGGAUGGGUGGGGGUGGGGUAAAAUGUGGGAUUGGGGGGCGGGGGGGUCCCCCAAGUGGGGCACCAGCUGCGGCAGAGACAAUGGAAGGAGUCACAAUAAUAACCUUCACACACACGAUGGACCAUAAUAAAUGCAUUAAUAGAGAUGACGAUACUAUAAGGAUGCUGAUUUAUUGCUGGUAACUGUCGAUAAAUGAUGAUAAUAAUUAAUAGUGACUUAUUUUCAGAGUGAAGUUAAUUGAAACUGGUCUGCAGACAGUUGGAGCUCAGCCAGUCUCUUGGUGUUGAACUUAACGGAAGGAAACUAGUGUCUUAUCUCUCUUCAGGCCUUCUUUUUGACCCAAAGCGGCCCUUGUGGCCGCUUGCCGGUCUGUCUCGACAUUUCUUCACUCUGGCUUCUCCUUCAGAUCUCUGCCUGCUUUCUCUCUCUCUCUCUCUCUCUCUCUCUCUCUCUCUCUCUCUCUCUCUCUCUCUCUCUCCCUCUCUCCCUCUCUCUCUCUCACAGCCUUUCCUUUUGACACUUUUGUACUUAACAGAUAUUUUUCAAUGAAGCUGUCGACAAGGCCUGCACUUUUCUACUCCCUAAUUUUAAUGUUCUCGACAGGGCACCGCCCGUUUCCAACAAAUCCCUUUGUCCUUUGCUCUCACUCAUGCUGUUGUUUGUGGCACGAAGUGGCAAGGUUCCUCUUUUUUUCUGUAAGUUUGGGACUUUUCUCUCUGUUUUUAUUUUAAAGUUCGCCGUGUUGUCAGGCACCUAGAAGAACAAUAAACCCAAGGGACCUCUUAACGAUCAAUUCCAGUUUCUUUGCCACAAAAAAAAAUAGCCAUCAGUAAGUAAGCCAAAUGAAUGUUAUUAAUAGACAUCUCUUGAGUGAAUUCAUGUUGGAUGAGUCUGCCCCACAUUUCAAAUGUGGCUGUCGCAUUGAUUCACAUUAAUUAUCCUUUAAUAGGUGAGAAACGUACCAUACGUGAAGUAACGUGUUUGAGGUCAGGUCUCUGUGUUUGGGCAGCCUGACAAUCCCUUUACACCUCUCUGUCUCUGCGAUAUGCGAGUAUGAGUGUGUGUGCGAGAGAACAACGCCCACUCGUGAUGUUCGUCACACCGCCAUGAGUAGGUCUGCUCCCUGUCCCGUUCUUCUUCGCUGCACACUCGGUCUUAAAGGAAAGCGACGCUCUGAUCCAUCCACACUACUGUAGUUGUCCUCCCAUGUCUGUUACGCCCAGAGCCGCCUGUUUCUGGUGUUUUCUACUAGUUUUUGACUCUUGACUGUCAAGUGUGUGGCUUACAGACAAUAUUUUGAACACUAGGAUAAGAUGGGGCUUUUCUGAUGUCACACGCGAAUGUGUUGUCCAGUUAAGGUUAAGGAGAGAGGCCUCCUGCUGCUCCUCCUACACUAAACAAUUACAAGGGGCCUCUGUUGAACCUUUUCUUCAUGCACUGUAAGGCCGGGCCCCUCUAAACUAAAGGCGAAGAAGAAACCGCUCUUACCGUUUGUUAGGUCUUCCACCCGUCUCUCACAGCGAAGCUGUACGGCACUCUCUGACGUCACUGUUGUCCCCAUACAGCGCUGUACUCCUGGCAAAAUGUAGUGCACUAUGUGGCCGGUUGAUUGGGGUCUGUCAUGUGUUUCAUAGCAUUACUGAGUAACUCCAGUGAGGCGGGUACAUCCUGGUUUUAAGUUGUUGUUUUUUUUUUCUGUUUGUGUUUUGAUUUCAUUGAGUUUGCAGUAACUGCCUCCUGUAGUCUUUAUACUAUGUGUAUGAUUUUUAUGUUUUUAAAUUUUUUCCAACGUCGGUGUGACGUGGCACGGUUGCAGGUUUGUUUUUGGGUUUUUUUCCCCUCUCUCCUCUCCCUGACACGCGUGGAUUCAGCUCAUAGAACGAGACAAAGCCAUGACAGCUGAAUUUUUAAAAACAAAGAAAAAAAAAAAGACACGCACCUAAUUUUCAAGGGCUUCCUCUGAACGCACAGACACACGAUCACAUUUUCAGGCUCACACAGUAGGAAGAAUCAACUUAUCCUUUAUGGCAGCUAGUAGCUAGGUCAUCCAGGGCUUCCAGACACUCGUCGUGUUCAAAUCCCAGCAGCUGCAGAAUGUUGUGCUUCUUUUUAGUUAUUGUGUUUGUUUCUUUUCUUUUCUUUUUUUUGGGGGGGGGUUGUCGUGUGUGUGUGUGUGUGUGUGUGUGUGUGUGUGUAAUUGUCCCUACACAGUCAUCACAUGCAGAUCCUGUUUGUGUGUAGGGCGCUGCAUUCAGGGUGUCAUCACAGAUCAGGACGAGUUGCAGGGUUUAAAUGUCAAGGAAUUAAAGGUAACUCUUGAGUAAAUAUGUGGGCAGAUUUUGCUGUGCUUUGGUGCUGUAGCCUGGAUGAUGAUGAUGAUGUUUAACUUAUUUUUUUCUGUUUCCUACGUGCGUGACGAGGCUGUCCUGGUUGAGCAGCAGCAGCGCACCAAGUGGUGUGCAGAUGAGCUCGUGGUGCUUCUAGUGCAACUCCCUGCUCAAACGCAGGAGAAAUAAGUCUGUAGAGGGAGGCCGUUUUGUUCUCAGAUCAACUUCUCCAAUGCACUGUAGACCCAAUGACCCUGUUCUCAUUCUCGCCCUCACCCCUCCCCCUCUAACUGCCACCCGGCCCUGUGGGGCUGGAGCGUGUUCCUCAGAGCAAACACGGGGCUGCGAGCGCGUCUAAAUGAGCCAUUCUGUGAUGACUGAUGCGAGUCUGAGGCCCAACUUAAAGCUCUUAGUUUAAACUGUCUGAGGUGACGCGUUAAACAAUAAAAUGUGUUGUGAUUUCCAGAUGGGUUCAGCGUAGAUCCUGCUGUUGCAACAGGAUGUUUGUGGCCGUCGAGAGAAUGUUAGGGUUGAUGUACAGUAGUUUAAUUGUUAAAAGGUACUUCUUUUUUUUUUCCCAGAUUGACUGGUGAUUUACUUUUUUUUUUUUUUUUUUAACAAGACGUCUCCCCCUUCCCCCACUUCCUUCCUAAAGGUUUGAAAACAGGGUUUCCUGAGGCAUGCUAGCCAGUGACCUCUGACCUUUUUUGUGAUUAGAGGUGGGGGGAAUGCAAAGAGAGCCACGCCAGUACGGGGUGCCAGACUCCCCUCGAGCCUCUGCUCUCCUCUAUUGUUGCUUUAAUUCUUUUUUUUAUGCAGAACCAAAAUGUAAAACGUCAGCAAACUAGGUUUCAGGCCUAACCUGUGUGUAUGUAUAUACCCUGGAUACAAUCAUCGGGAUCUUGUUUUUCAAAGCAAAACAACUUAAUUGAAGAUGAACGUAGUUUCUAAAAAACAUGUAUUAUUAUUUGUAAGUUAACCAUCUGCAUGUCUUUGAGCCUUCUGGCAUUAGCUAAUAAUUUUUAAGAUAAAAAAAAAAAAAACAAAAUACAAAAAAACAAAAAACUUUUUACACAUUUUAUUUUUUACAAUUUAUUUGCUUACCUAAAUAUCCCAGACAAUAAUGUGACCCUUUUAUUACUUCAAAUUUAUUUUUGUUUUCCAUUUUCUUUUUUUCUUUUUUUUAAUUUUCCUUAUUUCCUGUGUACUACAUAUAGGCGAUUUAUAACAAAAUGAGAAAAUUAUUGAAGAAAUUUUAAAAUUGAAAUAUAUUUUAUUUGAAAGUUUAUGGACCUUUUAACCGUGAGCCAGGAAAAAUUGUAUAAUCGUAUAAUUUGAGCUGACUUGACGGUUAUGAGAAAUGUAUCAAGAGUUUUAUUUUUUAUGCUUCUUUAAUAAAGUCUUGUUUUGUUUUUGUUUUAUUUUUGUUUCAUUUUUUUACUGGAAAAUAAGAA